AUGGAUCUCGUGGAGUAUGGAGACAUAAGCAAUGGUUGUGAAGAUGAAAAUUAUGGCUUGGUGUCAGGUUUCUUGGAGGACUGCUCAAACCACACAGAGUACCAAGGGGAGGAACCAGGUUUUGGAUUGAUUGAAUUAGUGUGUGUCACUGUGGUUUAUAUUCCGUUGAUGCUCCUCGGCCUUCUGGGAAACAUACUAACGAUUCUGGUAGUUUGGCUCCGCCCCCACAUGAGAACGUCCACCUACCUCUAUCUGAGCAGCAUGGCCGUUAGCGAUCUGUUGAUACUCUUGCUGUUGCCUCUGGACCUCUAUAAGCUCUGGAGGCCGCGACCGUGGCCGUUUGGAGAUCUGGCCUGUAAGCUAACAAUGUUUGUGUCAGAGUGCUGCACCUACUGCACCAUCCUCCAUAUCACCUUCCUCUCCCUGGAGAGGUACCUGGCAGUCUGCUGGCCAAUCAUGGCCAAAACGUUUGUCACACGGCGCAAAACCAGAACUCUUAUUGGCUGCCUUUGGCUGGGUGCGGCUGUUAGUGCGGCGCCAGUGUUGGUUAUGGUUGGAGUUGAGGACGUGGGAGGAGAAGAGGCAGAACUCUGGGUUAGGGAAGAAGACACAGGGUGGACAAGCACAGCAGGAAAAAAGGGAGGACUCGCAAUAGUUGGAGAUGUGAAUGAACAGUUUGCAUCAGUUCAUGGAGAAUUAGAGAGAGAAAAAGGAUGGGGGGAAGGAGUCACGGAGAUGAAAUGGUUCAGGAAGGAAAGGGAGAGAAACAUAGAACCAACAGAAUUACAAAUACGGAAGCAAAAAGAGGGAGAAGAAACUUACAGUGAUAUUCAGAAUAAAACAGAUGUGGGAGGAGGACAAGAAAGAGAGGGAAAGAUAAGAGGGAAAGAAGAAAUGGAAGGAGGAGAGGAUGAGAGCUUUGAAGCGACGCGACGAGGAGUGAUGGACAACCGAGAGUGUCGCUGCUUUGAUUAUGCCAUCUCCUCCGGCCUGCUUUCAGCCAUGAUGAUUCUUUCCAACUUGUACUUCCUGAUAUCACUCUGCAUCCUCGGAGUGGUCUACGGCCUGAUUGGACGCACAUUGUGGCUCCGCCCACAAAUCAACCGUAGAGAGCCAAGUCACCGACACACCAUCAAAAUGCUGGGAGUGAUUGUCUUGGCUUUUGUCCUCUGUUGGUUGCCAUUUCACAUCGGUCGGACCUUACUCUCGUUUUCUCAGGGUACUGGUACAGACGGACAGGAGGUGCCCAUGGAAUUGUACGCAGACACUGGAACAUUGUCCGACACCAAUAUUGUCAUCAGCACAAACAAAAGCUCCUUUACUGCCCAAUCAGACUCAGACAAACACGGCAGGACCGUUUCCGGUAUAGUUGUUAACACAGAUGCAGAUGCACAGAGAGAACUACCCAAAUGUGAUGUUUGUGUAAAGACUCAAGUGAAGAACAACACAUACAUGGUCGAUAUGAGUAUGCACGCUGACAAUGGCACACGCGGCAGUAUUACACGCAUAAACACACAUGCAGACACGCUGUAUUAUCUGUCUCAGUACUUCAAACUUGUGUCUUCUGUGUUGUUUUAUCUCAGUGCUGCUGUCAAUCCCCUACUGUACAACCUGAUGUCUGUCAGAUACAGACUUGCUGUGCACAGCCUUGUGUGCAUGCAGCCUCACUCACACGCUCAGCGACUUCGCACAUUUACAGUGACAACACACACCACCACCAUCACCACCACCACCACCACUCUUUUAGGUGUUAUCGCCUCUGUUGAAGGAGGUUAUGAUUCCAAACGUGUGGCUCUGUCAGCAGGGUACCUGCAGCACUGCAGGGUGGAUUUCCUGAAGGUGGACGUGCAGACCUCCUUCGCCUGA